AUGCCUUACCUGCAUCGGUCUCUGAGGCCCCAGCCACAUCCAGUCCCUGGGGUUGCCCGGACUAUCCACUCUUCGGGUCAAAGCUUUGAACAGUUGAGGCAGGGUUGCCUACAGUCGAGAACCUUGUUUGAGGAUGCUGACUUCCCUGCCAGCAACAGUUCCCUGUUCUACAGCGAGAGGCCCAAGGUCCCCUUUGUGUGGAAACGACCGGGGGAAAUUGUGGAAAACCCAGAAUUCAUUCUUGGAGGAGCCACCAGGACUGACAUCUGCCAAGGGGAACUGGGAGACUGCUGGCUGCUGGCGGCCAUCGCCUCCCUAACCCUCAACCAGAAAGCACUGGCCAGGGUGGUUCCCCAGGACCAAGGCUUUGGCUCUGGCUAUGCCGGGAUAUUUCACUUCCAGUUCUGGCAGCACAGCGAGUGGCUGGAUGUCGUGAUCGAUGACCGCCUGCCCACCUUCAGGGACCGCCUGGUCUUCCUCCAUUCCGCUGACCACAAUGAGUUCUGGAGCGCACUGCUGGAGAAAGCCUACGCCAAGCUUAACGGGAGUUAUGAGGCCCUGAAGGGGGGCAGCACCAUGGAGGCCAUGGAAGACUUCACUGGGGGUGUGGCCGAGACCUUCCAAAUGCGAGAAGCACCGGAGGACUUCUAUGAUAUUCUGGAGAAGGCCUUGAAGCGUGGUUCCCUGCUGGGCUGCUCCAUAGAUAUCCUGGCUGCCUCUGAAUCUGAAGCCCGCACACCUUUCGGUCUCAUUAAGGGCCACGCCUACACUGUGACUGGGCUGGACCAGGUAAACUUCCAAGGCCAGAGAAUCAAGCUCAUCAGAGUUCGAAACCCUUGGGGCCAGGUGGAGUGGACGGGGCGCUGGAGCGACAGCUCCCUCGAGUGGCGCUCUGUGGACCUGGAGGAGCAGAAGCGCCUGGGUCACUCUGCUCUUGACGAUGGGGAGUUUUGGAUGGCAUUCGAGGACUUCAAGGCCCAUUUUGACAAAGUGGAGAUCUGCAACCUCACACCUGAUGCCCUGGAAGACAAUGCCCUCCACAAAUGGGAGGUGACCAUCCACCAAGGAAGCUGGGUUCGUGGCUCCACAGCUGGUGGCUGCCGCAACUUCCUGGACACCUUCUGGACCAACCCACAGAUAAAGCUGUCCCUGACAGAGAGGGAUGAGGGCCAGGAGGGCUGCACUUUCUUAGCUGCCUUGAUGCAGAAAGACCGCAGGAAGCUCAAGAGGUUUGGCGCCAACAUGCUGACCAUCGGCUACGCCAUUUACCAGUGCCCAGACACAGACCAGGAUCAGGAUGGACACCUGAGUAGGGACUUUUUCAGGUACCACGCCUCCCUGGCCCGAAGCAAGACAUUCAUCAACUUAAGAGAAGUGUCGGGUCGCUUCCAGCUGCCCCCGGGAGACUAUGUCCUCAUCCCCAGCACCUUUGAGCCACACCAGGAGGCUGACUUCUGCCUGAGAAUCUUCUCUGAGAAGAGAGCAGUUACUCGAGACCUGGAUGAGAACGUAGACAUUGAUCUUCCUGAGCCCCCAAAGCCAACUCCACGGGAGGAGGAAACAGAGGAGGAGAGGCAGUUCCGGGCCCUGUUCCAGCGAAUUGCUGGUGAGGACAUGGAGGUGUCUGCAGAGGAGCUUGAGUAUGUUUUAAAUGCUGUUCUGCAAAAGAGUAAGUGUCAUUCCCACAGGGGACAGGGGCUCUCUGGAGAGGAAGAAUGGCCUCACUAUGUGGGGAUUAUAGGCAUACGACACCGCAUUCAGCUCCUCUGCUAUUUUAAAUCCUGCCCUUUGAACGUGUGUGAGCUGGUCAUUAAAGAACCCUUGGGGAACAGCGGGCUACUGACCCUUAGCCCACGUGGCCAGACCAGUGGCAAUGGGAAGCUGGAGUUUGAAGAGUUCCGGGUAUUCUGGGACAAGCUGAAGCACUGGAUGAACCUGUUUCUCCGGUUCGAUGUGGACAAGUCUGGCACCAUGUCUUCCUAUGAGCUGCGGACUGCGCUGAAGGCUGCAGGCUUUCGGCUAAGUGGCCAUCUCCUGCAGCUGAUCAUCCUCAGGUACACAGACGAGAGCCUCCAGCUGGGCUUUGAUGACUACCUCAACUGCCUAGUGCGGCUGGAGAACGCAAGCCGGGUGUUCCAGGCUCUCAGGAUAAAGAACAAAGACAUCAUCCAUCUCAACAUAAACGAGUUCAUCGCCUUGACCAUGAACAUCUGAGAUUGUACCGGGAUGCCGUCUGUCCCUCCAAUACUCACCUUCUAGACCAUGAGAGUAAGGAUGUUUAUUGGAAGGCCAUUGUCCCCACUGCUCCCUCCCUGCCUCACACUACCCCCUCCCCCUCCAUGGUGAUCUACAAGAAUCUAAAGGAAUUGGCUGUGUUUUCUGAUUCUGAUGUUUUCUGUAAAAUCAUUUCUUCACAAGAACCAAUGGUGCCACUGUGCCUGUUAGGAUCUCCUCCUUCCCUGCCCCCACUGCUGACUGGUCAUUCAAUGUUCCAGUGCCUGAGUCCUGGCUUCAGUAUGCUCCAGCCAUGCUACUAAGACACACACACACACACACACACGCACACACACACACAAUGUUUUCCCUUUUUUUUCCAUUAAGUGAGAGAUUAGUGAAGAUGUUUAUCUCAGGUGGAAGAAAUAGAGCCUGCUGAUGCUGAGAAUUUGAAAUAUUAUGGAGCAACCUGGAAAUUAUUCUGAUAGUACUAUAGGUGACUAUUGGCACUACUGUGGUGUGUGUGUUGUAUGUUUGUGUGUGUAUGUGUGUGCCUGUGUG